GGGGGAUCGAAGUCUAUGAUGCCAAUAAUUAUCCCGUACGACCGCCCUCGAUUCUUUUCUUUUUUUUUUCUCGGUUGGCGGUCUGAUGGUAUAGGAAUAACACGCGGCUAUACUGCGAACACGGCAUGACGACUCGUUCCCAGGGAAUCCGAAACGGGUGGAGCGGACCGCGGCCCCGGGAGGCGCCUCCGAGAAAACUCAUGCAAAAAGCUACUGUGGCGGAUACAACUCUGUCAUGCGAUGAACGGGAACUGGGUGAGGAAGCAAAAAAAAGAUCAAAAGAGCGGAUGACGACUUUGACAGAUGCACGAUGAAGGAAGAAAGCAGAGGAUCGGACCCACCGUCACAAGCCCCGCCCUUAAUGAGUCAUGCACAGGGGAUUUGUACCCUAACCCUUCCUUGUACUGGAAUGGAAUCCUAGGGAGCAAUCGUUUG